AUGCAGGAUUCCGGCAGACCCUCAGCACUCGCCUGCGUACCUUGUCGGCGCCGUCAUCUGAAAUGCGAUGCGCGCAUGCCCACCUGCACUCGGUGCCAAAGCAACAAUCAUGAUUGUCGAUAUGUACGAUCACGGCGUGGGCUGCGGAGUAAUAAGGUGGGAGGAACUGGGCCGGCCACGGAAGAUGAAGCCGAAGCGCUCUUUUCGUCGAAUAUUCUGAAUUGGCUGGAUGCUUCGUUUCUAGAUCCAGAGUCCGUCCUCGACAUCCCAGACCUGAGUCUCGAUAUUCUCCACCCAGGACCAGCACCGUCGUUACCCACGCCUGUACUUGCUCCUCGUACCGAGGAACUCACACAUGAUGCUAUGAUCCAACUUUAUUAUCAUCACUUCCAUAGAUCACAUCCCAUAUCAUUACCCAGACGGGCGCUGGGAUCAUCUGUCUCCAAGCACAUACCAAAUUUCAUCCCGCACAUCAUGCGCUACAUUGGCAGUCACUAUAGCUCCGCACCAACUCUGAAGGAUGGCUUCCACCAACCCGCCUACACCGUCCUCACUGCCCCCAAAGAUGGUUUCCAAGUCCAAGGCCUACUUCUGCUCAGCAUUGUAGAGCACUCGCAUGGUCGCGAAGAAACUGCCCAACGACUUCUCCGGGAAGCCAUCCAAAUCGCACACAGCAUUGGCAUGCAGACCAACUCGUUUGCACGGGAGAACUCCCACGGCCACCCAGUUCUGGAGGAGAGCUGGCGACGGACCUGGUGGGAACUCUACGUCACGGAGGGACUGAUGGCCGCCAUGGGCUCUGGGCAAUGCGGGGUCCUUUCACCAGGCUGGGAGGAGUCCGAUGUGUGGCUCCCGUUACCAGACGAGACCUACAACAAGGCAUUGGGGAGCUGGCCCUCCGACCUCACCUCCUCCGUCUCCCGCAUCCACGCCACCCAAUACCUCCGAGCUGUGCUCGAACUCAACCAAUCCCUCGACCCGCCGACGGAGACGCAAACCGAAACGCUAGACGCGCGACUCGUCUCCCUCCUCAUGCGCCUGCCCGUAACCCCCUCCAUAAUCGACGCAUCCACAAUCGACGAGAUGGCCUUCCAGGCCCUAAUGCUCACAUACCUACUAAACCCAGAUCCCCACAGGAGCCUAAUCCACCUCCACCACCCGCAUUCAACCAUUCGCUUCGCCUCCUACCAACGCCCAACCCCCGACUCGUCUUCCUCUUCAACCUGCACCCGCCUCCGCGUCCUCUACCCCCCCUCCACCCCCAACGACCCUCUACCCCUCAACAUCCACGCCCAGAAAAUGCUCCGAGCCGCCGACCUGAUCUCCAACCUCGCCACCCUGCCCAGCUCCGUCCAAUCCCGCACCCCAUUCUUCACCUGCGCCCUCGCGCUCGCCAUCGUGGUGCACACCGCCACCUUCAUGAUGUGCAUGUCCUCCGCCUCCGUCAAGGAGAAGGAAGACGCGCUGAAGGCGCGCAUCGAGCUCGGGGUCGGUGCGUUGCAGGUGAUGGGGCGAGUGUGGCCGCUCGCGAAGCAGGUUCGCGGGGAGAUGGUGGAGUUGUAUCGGGGGAGAUGA